CUCUGCCGCAAUGUACUGGUACAUCGUCUGAAAUGGUGACCAGAGUUUUUCAAGGCGCAAAGCCCGACGGGGUCAUGGCCAAGCGGAUGAAUGCUGCGCUCCUGCUGCUGUUGCUUAGAAGGUUGAUAAUUGUUCCUUCCAUGCUGCUCAUUUGCGUUUUCUGCAUUUGGACUGUGUUUGGAUUGGCAGCAUUCACAGUUUUCUCUCAAUCUCGCCACUGCACAGCUCAAAAAUGCACGUCCCUCGCCAGGAGGUGGAUUGUGUUGUCCGAGCUGAAGUCCUCGGAGGCUUUUCCCUCCAAUCUGCUGCUCAAGGAGCAAGUGCUGCCAAGCGAUGGAUUUGGGAGGUCGACCAAGUCCACCACCACGGAUCAUCAGCAGGGAGCCGAGGAUGGAGAUACUGUGACAGAUUUGGAGAUGGAGGACGCUGAGGCUGCUGGUAACAACGGUCAUAGACGUGGUGAUGAAGAGGCGAGUCUACCCUUGGAGCUCAAGUCCCUGGGAUUCUCAGGUGAGAAGGGCAAUGCAAGACGACAGAUGAUCGAGAACAGGGUGCUAGGAACAGGGGAGGAGGAUGUGGAAGACGAGGAUGACGACUAUGGUGAAGACGAAGACGAAGCUGAUGAGACUCAAGAGGACAGCAGAGUUAUCAGGCCGGGACUUUUGCGGAUCAUGGACGAGUUGCGAGAGCACUCUCGGAACGAGGACAAUGCAGUGGAAGAACCAUCGUCGUCGUGCAGCGGGAAGUGGAUCUACAGCUACAACCUUCCGGCGAGAUUCAACGCGGACCUGGUUGCUCUGUGCGACCGCAUUCUCCCGUGGUACUCGAUGUGCGACUACUUCGAAAACUCUGGCAUGGGCAAGGCGGUGACGACGGACAGGGCCGGGGUGCUCAAGCCCGCCGGGAGGUGGCACAAGACCAACCAGUACAUGCUCGAGGUCUUGUUUCACGCUCGGCUCAAGGAGUACGCCUGCCUCACGGAUGAUCCGGCCAAGGCGCAGCUCUUCUACAUCCCAUACUACGGAGGCCUGGACGUGUUCCGGUACCACUACGCCAACGUGAGCUACGAGCAGAAAGACGAGCUCGGGGUGGAGCUCAUGGGACUGCUCGAGCAGCACGAGUCGUGGAGGCGAAACGGGGGGAUCGAUCACUUUUUGGUGCUGGGAAAGAUCACCUGGGACUUUCGCCGGACGGACACCGAGUGGGGAAACACGCUGCUGAUGCUACCGGGGCUCGAGAACGUAACUCGACUGCUGCUGGAGCGCGACCCCUGGAACGCCAACGACGUCGGAGUGCCGCACCCGACGUACUUCCACCCGGCCUCGGAUAGGGACGUGGAGGAGUGGCUGCAUGCCGUGGCGUCGUCCCGCCGCGACGCGCUCUUCAGCUUCGCGGGCAUGCCGCGGACAACCGACUCCAUCCGCGCGGUGCUCAUCGCCAUCUGCACCAGCCAGCCACGACUCUGCCGCUUCCUCGAGUGCUCGGGGGACGUUUGCCUCCGGCCCGAGUCCACCACGGAGCUCUUCCUCGCCUCGCACUUCUGCCUCCAGCCAGUCGGGGACAGCGCGACGCGGAGGUCGGUCUUCGACUCGCUCAUCGCGGGAUGCAUCCCCGUGCUCUUCAGCCAAGAGACGGCCUACGUCCAGUACCCGUGGCACUUGCCGGCUCGGCUGGCCGACUACUCGGUCUACGUCCCCGCCGAGGACGUCAAGUCGGGCACCGUGGACAUUGCCCGGCUGCUCGCGGCGAUCUCGCCAUCCCGGCGGCGGCGCAUGCGACGUACCAUCGUCACUCGGAUCAUCCCCCGACUCCUCUACGCCGCCCCGGCCGCCAACCUCACCACCUUUCGGCGGGAUGCGUUCCAAGUCUCCAUUACGAGCUUGCUGGAGAAGUCUAGAUCCGCGCUCGCGGCCCUGGAAUCAAAGUUAUAGUUUUGCUUGUGCUUGUGGUCGAUUGAGUGAGAUCUAAAGGUGUUGUGACAAGCAAGAGCAUUGCCGUGGGUGGGGUCUGCUUCCACUGCGAAAAAGAGAGACGCACUCUUUAAAGUUUGUUGUGUGGAUUUCACACACUCGCGAUUGUUUGCGUGACAA